AUGACCACGCCUGUUUCUUCAGAUGCCUCGGCGCUCGCACAGGUUUGCUUCUACGAAAACGAGGCUGCUGGAGAGAGACGUGUCCCUCUAACAACAUCCUCAACAUGGAACCAGCCUGAAUCGGCCAAGAGUCCACCCGCCGAGCCUGUCAUCGGCCACAUGGGUCGACUCGUUCUGAACGACCAACAGGUCCCCAUGUUUGCAGGUUCUUCCACCGGCGUCCACUUCAUCAGCCAGGCCGAGCAAAAGCUUCAGAUGCUCAACAUCCACCCCGAGUCUUUGCCCAGCCGGGUAUACAGUCUGUACCUGAACAGCGUCUGCAACGCCCCCCCAACAGAUCCCUCCCCUCACCUCGCCGCCAGCUUCAUCGCCCACUUCCCACCCAACGCCGAGCACAUCAUCUCAAACGCAAUAGACCAGUGGACGCCCCUCUACCCCAUCGUCCACAAACAAUCCACCCUCGCCGCCUUCCGCUCCCUGCUCCAAACCCCAAACACCGGCGACCACCUCUGCACCAUCUACCAAACCCUCAUCCUCCUCGCCCUCGGCAGCGUCGGCUCGCCAUGCAGCAACCCGACCCCCCACCCCCACCACUUCCUCUGCUCAUCCGACCCCUACUACGCCCUCUCCACCGCCCUCACCGCCAACCUCCUCGAACACCGCCCCUGCCUCCCCGCCCUGCAGGCCCUCGUCCUCGCCCAGAUAUACCUGCAGCUCUCGGCCCGCUACCCGGCCGCUUCGCACCUCUGCGGCACCGCCGUGCGCCUGGCCCAGACGCUGGGCCUGCACCGCCAUUCCGCCCGCUUCAAGUUCGACGCGCCCACGACCGAGGCCAGGCGGCGGGCGUGGUGGUGCGUCUAUGCGCUGGAUGCGUUUGCGUCGGCGCACCACGGGAUGCCGAGGCUGAUUCGCGAUCGGGACGUCGAUGCGGACAUGGUGACGAGGGUGGAGUGGUAUCGGUGUGAGGGGGAGGGGGCGGCAGGGAGAGAAGGAGAAGGAGAAGGAGAAGGAGAAGCAGCAGCGCGCAUCACCGGCCCGCGGUCUCACGAGCCCGCAGGUGCUUCGUCGUCGUCGUCCUUCCCCCUCCCCGGCGAACACACGCCCAUCGACUCGGCCAUCGCCCUCUUCAAGCUCGCCGCCGUCCUCGGCCACGCCCUCGAGCUCCUCUACACCACCACCCGCCGCCGCGGCAGCGACGCCGUCCGCACCAUCGCCCGCCUGCAGGCCCAGCUCGACGUCUGGGAGCAGCACCACUUGGCGCCUCUUCUCCUCCUCCGCGCCACCAGAGGCGGCGGCCGUGACAGCAGCAACAACAACAACGUCGUCGACGACGACGACGAUUCCCCCCCUCCCGCGGGAGGCCGACCCGCUGGUGGUGGUGCAGACGUCGUGAGCAUCGUCGCCACCACCUUCCUCCGCGCCGCCCUCUGCAACGCCACCGUCCACGUCCACCGCCCGGCCCUCGCGUUCACGGCGCCGCAUCCGCAGUUUGCGGAUAGCUUGCGCGCGUGCGGGCGCGCGUCGGCGGGGUUGGUUGGGUUGUUGGAUGGAGCGUUGGGCCGGUCGGCGUCGACUGUGAGUGGAAUAGGAGGCGGCGGCUCUACCACCACUGCUGUUGUGAUGGCGACGCUGCUGUAUCCGAAUGGGUUGCACAUGCUGUGGCAGGCGGGGUUGACGGUGUUGUUUGCGUGGUGGAACGGGGUGGGUGGGGAUAGGGCGGGGGAUGAGGCUGUGGUGGUGAAGUGCGCGGAGGUGUUGAGGAGGUUGGCGGCGGGUGCGAGCGGCGGUGGUGGUGGAGAGGGUGAUGAUAGCGUGAGGAAGUGCGCGGACGUGUUGGAUGUGCUGCGGGUGAGGACGUUUGGGGACAAGGCGCGCAGGAAGGAGAAAGGGCUGGGAGUCUUCGCCGCCGCUACUGCUGCCUCCGCCUCAGCCGCUGAGACGACGGGGUCCCGGCCAAGGAGCCCGGUGGAGGAACUGCUGCCGCCUGAGCAGCAGAUGCAGUGGAAUGUGUGGGAUUGGCCGAUGGCGAGUGCGUUGGAAUUGGCGAAUACGCUGGACGCGAUGCCGCUGGAUUUGGACUUUGAGGGGGGUGAUCCCUCGUGGUAG